GGCGAGAAAGCUCCGCGUAGCUGCCGGCACCAUGGCAGAUCAGUCUUUUGUGACACUAGCUACCAACGAUUCUUACGUGAAAGGAGCGCUUGUAUUGGGGUCGUCUCUACGGAACUCCAGGACGACAAAGAGGCUGACAGUACUUAUAACUCCUCAUGUCUCUGAUCCAAUGAGGCAAGUAUUGGAAAAAGUCUUUGAUGAAGUAAAGCUAGUGGAUGUAUUGGACAGCGGAGACUCCGCCCAUCUUGCGCUACUCAAAAGGCCUGAGCUUGGUGUUACAUUGACAAAACUUCACUGCUGGGAACUGACGCAUUAUUCAAAGUGUGUGUUCAUGGAUGCUGAUACAAUGGUGUUGUCCAAUAUUGAUGAACUGUUUGAAAGAGAAGAGCUUUCUGCAGCACCAGAUCCUGGCUGGCCAGACUGUUUUAAUUCUGGAGUCUUUGUCUUCCGACCUUCCAUUGAAACAUUCAACCAGCUGUUACAACUUGCUACAGAAAAGGGCAGCUUUGAUGGUGGGGACCAGGGAUUAUUAAACACUUUUUUCAGCAACUGGGCAACUACGGACAUCAGCAAGCAUCUGCCUUUUAUUUAUAACCUAAGCAGUAUUUCAAUCUACUCCUACCUCCCAGCAUUUAAAGCGUUUGGGACAAAUGCAAAAGUGGUGCACUUCCUGGGAAGAAUGAAACCAUGGAACUACUCCUAUGACUUCAAAGCAAAAACUGUCAAAGAAGAUGCUCAUGACCCCACAAUGGUUCAUCCAGAGUUCCUUGACAUGUGGUGGGAUACCUUCAUCACAAACAUCUUCCCAUUACUACAGCAGCAUGGUGCCAUUAAAGACACAGCCACUGGUGUAAAGGCGCUAUCGGGCUUGGUCUAUUCACUGGCUUUCUCUUGUGGCUUCUGCAGAGAGGAAGAGGUAGCGGAGGCAGUGUCCCACCUGUCACUUUCCUCUGCGGCACUUACAGCUUCACCGCCAUCGCCACCAGCCAUGUCUUCAGAAGAAAGAAAAGAGCGGUGGGAGCAGGGCCAGGCUGACUACAUGGGAGCAGACAGCUUUGAUAAUAUUCAGAAAAAACUUGACACCUACCUCCAGUAGAGGACUUGUAUCUGCUCCGUAGACAUCAGCAAUACAAGGACUUGUUCCAGAGCUGUAACAAGGAAAACUCUGAUGGGGGGGUCAGGUAAACCUGUUAGCAGCUCUGCCACUGCUCAUCUGAAAGCUGUGCACUACCACAUGUAAGAACUGAACAAAUGCUUGUUUAAGUAUCAGUCGUUGUGCCAAUAUGUGUGCCCAACAGCCAUAUCUUUCCCUCUUGCACCAAACCUUAUGCUGAACACGCUGUAAAGAACUCGUUGGGAACAAGGCACUUGACUGGCUUGAAACAUACUACUUAGACCUAUAGGACUGUGCUUUACCUCUUUUUUCCCCCUCCCCAGAAAACCAUAUAUUUUUGCUUGCUGUUAAAAAAAAAAAUGGCUAGAAGUUAAGGCAGCUACAGUGGAGGGCGGAAGCUUACAGAAAGGUCAAAAUAUGCAACAUCUUAUAAGGACACUGCUGUUUGCUCUGCCAGUUCCAGCCAUACUGAAGAUUCAGACCAGAUUUCUAUGCACAGUUCCUACAGCAUGGCAAAAUGCUCUUGUUCAGUUCUGUGUACAUCUUGGGACUAGUAAAAAGUUGCUGAACUGUUACCUGUAACUACACUGAAAAUGCGAAAUAAAAAAAAUCAUGGUAAA